AUGUUAUAUAAUCUUCACUUGCAGAACUCCCCGACAUUCCACUUGCAGCUGGACGAGGAUCCUGAGACCAUGAGCAGUAAUUAUGACGCUCUGCUUGAUGAAAUUAUCCAGCAUAUCAGACAGCUUUGGGGUCAAGUGAAUGGACAGCAGAAUGGGAUGGUGGAAGGUAUUUUAAGCUUGCCCCAGGGUGCAGGCAAAUUCAUUAUUGUGCUACUCGCUCCACAACACUGGGUGCGCAAUAACACUGAUCCAGUUAGACUAUUGUUUUCCUUCCAUAAUCUGUAUUCUGAUGGUUUUCACCGAAAAGGCAAGUGGUACCUAUUUAAAGAUAUCUAUCUAGAGAUGCAACAGCGUGGAGAAAUUGCAGGAACCAAUUUAAGAUCACUUGGUUUUACUGGCAACUAUAACCAACUGGGUUCUGAAUUCAGUAGCAUUAACUUAGGAGGUUAUGCGCUCUUCCAAAUUUACAAAGGCAUUACUGAGUUUCCUGGGAAAGAAAUCAAACCACAGCUCAAGCUGAGUGUGGUCAGCUUUUCAGAGAGCAUGCGAUUUCCAAUGCUUCGCAAGUACAUACGUGACCGCAUGUCCAUGGGUCUGUCUUCCGCAGAGAAUAUUGAAUGGUUGUCGCAUCAUUUCCAGGAUUGGUCAGUUUAUUGUGAGAAGAUACGUGACGGUAGAGAUGCUUUUGGAGCUAUUCCUGGAAUAGAUAACUUUGAUGACCUGCUUGCACUUGUUAGUAUGAUACUAUAG